CGGGCCGGAGCGGGGCGCAUGGACCGGCCGUGCCCUGCCACGGUGGCCGCGCCCGCGGAGUCGGCGCCCGCCUCGCUGACGCUGGCGCAGCUCCUGCAGCUGGUGCAGCAGGGCCGGGAGCUGCCGGGCCUGGAGAAGCGCCACAUCGCCGCCACCCUGGGCGAGCCCACGGCGUCGCGGCUGCCCCGGAAGCCCAAGCCCUGGGAGGCCGCGGUCCCGGCGCCGCCGCCCGAGACCCCGAGCCGCGAGCCCGAGGAGCCCCCCGCGCGCGCCCCGGACGCCCCUGCGGGAGAUCGGCCCAGCGGAGCAGCGCCCGCGCCGUCCUGAGUGGCCGCCGCCAGCGUCUCAGCCC